UAGUUAGGUUAAGACAUCAGUGGUCCGCAGAACGUCUGAAGCGUUUCUGAGAGGAUAGAGGAGCAUUUCGAAGAAGCAAAAAUUGUGUGUAUUUGUUGCACAACUGAGAAGAAAGAUCUUUUGUCCGCUCAAUUUUCACUCUUCGCGGAGAUCAGUUCAAUUGGUGGUUUUUCAAUUUUUUGUGAAGGAUUCUCCGGUGAAUUUGGGUGGAUUUUUCGCGCAAGAUCUAAGUGAACUGGUGUGAAUUUGUGUGUGUUAGCGACAAAUUGUCCGCAGAGGAAAUCAAUCAAUUGAGGAAAUUCCCUGAGAGACACUGAAAUUCUUGAGUGUGAAUCGGAAGUCAGUGCGUGUGCAGAUUGACCACGCUUUUGUGCAACUCCGCACGACCCUCAGCCAGCUGCGGCAAUUGGAUUUAAAUCGGUGAAAGGCAUCAGGAAAAGUCCAGGAGAGCGAGAUGGCGGAAACGGAGGAAACAUAUGAGACGGAAGUGCGCCGAACGGUGGUGCGCAAGAGCUUCAAAAUACAGGAAACUUCUUCAACAACGAAAACAACAACUAUGACAACACCUGCGAAGCUGUAUGGCAAAGAUCUGAGUGAAUACGAUGAGGUGGAUGUGGAUGAACUCUUGGCGCAAUUGUCGCCAGAGGAGAUAAAAAUAUUGGCAAAGGAAGUCGAUCCGGAUGACAAUUUUCUGCCGCCGAACCAGAGGUGCAAUUAUGAGUGCGAGAAAGAGCCAACGGGGCCGCUGAAUCGCAAGAAGCUCAUCGAGCACAUCAACAAACAGGCCCUGGAGACGCCGGAUGUGCCCGAAUUGGAGCCCUAUGUCAAGGGGACAGUUCGUGGCAAGAAGUGGAUGCCGCCCCCGCCGGAGGAGAAGGUGCGAGAGGCUGAGGAGCAGAUUGCCAUUGAUUUGGGUGAUGAGUACGAACAUGCUCUCAAUGAUGCCACUCAGGAGGAAAUAAUCGAUUUGGCUGCUAUUUUGGGUUUCCAUUCGAUGAUGAAUCAGGAUCAGUACCACGCGUCGUUGCUGAACAAGGGUCAGCCAAUCGGCUUGGGCUGGGAUGGCAUCACAAAGGCCAGUGCACAGAAGCUGUUCCCGAAUGAGCCGCCAAAUGACACAGACAUCGACGAGUCCAUCAAGCGUGUCAAGGAUGACGACCACAAGCUUAUCGAACUCAAUCUCAACAACAUUAAGACUAUUUCUGAUGAUAAAUUUGAGAAAUUGUUCAACGCUCUGACGGAGAAUGAACACUUGGAGGUUCUCUCGCUAACCAAUGUCGGAUUGACAGACAAGACUGCCCUUCUCCUGGCUGAGGCCAUUGAAAAGAAUAAAACACUUCGUGUUCUCAACGUCGAGACAAACUUCAUAAACCCUCCCGUAAUUGUAAAAUUAGUUAAAUCACUGCUGAAUGCAAAGAGUAUUGAGGAGUUCAGAGCUUGCAAUCAGAGGUCACAAGUGCUCGGGAAUAAAAUCGAAAUGGAGAUAACUGAGCUGGUGGAGAAGAACUCUUCACUGUUGCGAUUAGGUCUUCAUUUGGAAUUCAAUGACGCCCGACAUCGCAUUGCGGCGCACCUCCAGCGAAACAUUGAUAGGAGUGAUGGGGUAGCGGCUAAUGAAAUCGUGGAUACCACUAAUCAUAAGAAAUCACCAUCACCAUCAUUUACUACGACUCCAUAAUCAGGGUUCAUCAAUCAGGCCAUCAAAAUCAUCGCAAUAAUUGUAAUCUCUCCAUAUCAAAUUGCGACUCACACAAUCAAAAAAAUCGCACGAAAAAUAUGGGUCAAAUCGUAGAAAAAAAACACACAAAAUAAUAAGAGAAUAUUUGUGACCCACGCGCGUUAUGGAUCUUUGAAGGUAAAACCGACCCCAAAUGUGGAUAAUUCCCUGGCGUAUCGACCGAUAUAUAAUAUCAACCAAGCUGAACAGCAUUCAUCUCCGCACUAACAAGACUCUUCAUGUUGGAUUAGUGUAUUUUCUUUUGGGAGUUUCUUAGUUACUCGUCAAUGUUGUUUCUUCGUGUUGAACGUAUAAUUUCUUGGGACAGUGUUUGUUCUUUACACGUUUAGAUGUUUAUGUCUCCAAGAUGAAAAAAUUGACGCAUUAAGUUAUAUUGUUGAUUGCCGUUUCCGGCUGUUGGCAUUAAGACAGAGUUCAUCUUUAAGAAAGAAAACCUUGCACAGCUCAUGCCAAUUAAGUGUGAAAUCAGGAGCGAGAUUAUUUAGUUUUUUUUUUUCUUUUCUUGAAUGGCAAAUUCUACAAAUUUUAUUCACACAAUUAUAAUAAUGCCUUACUUAAAGCCCUCUCGUGAAUUUUAUAUAGUUGGAUUUCUCAUUAUUUUCAUGUGUGUUGAUUUCUUUCUCAGAGAGAGACAGAGAAAAUGUGUUUUCCUGUGCCAAAAGACACUUUUGUCGGAAAUUUCUCAAGUCAAUUAAUUUAAUGAUAUGCCACACUUGUCUCCUUGUUGCAAAAGUUGGCUUCUUCACCCCGUCGUGUGUGUGUUUAUUUCCUCAACCUAGAGAAAGAGAGAAAGUAUUUUUAAAUGAAUGCACUUAAGCCACACAUUAAGACUAUUCCGCAAAGCCCUUUUGUCCACCGAUUUCCAUUCCCUUUUUACACUGUGAAAUUUAUCUAUUUUAUUGUGAGCACGCAAAGUAAUAUUCCAAGGGGCAGAUAUUAUGGUCAGAAAUGGUGUACAACUUUCUGAGGAAGUGUUAGGAAUUGGAAGUGUUAAAAUAUCCCUUGCAAAAGCUUCUGUUUCAACAAAUUGAUGCAUUUUCAAUAUGAUUUUGCUGAAAAAAUCAAUUUUAUCGCUUUUCUAGGUUAUGUUACUGAUUUAAAAUCAAUAUCAAACCCUCAAAAUGAUCAAAUUUGCAUUCAAUCUUAGAAUAUUUCUCUUUUUCUUAGCAAAAUUGAGCAUUUUUGUUUAAGAAGAUACAUUAAAGUCAAUCAUAACCUCAAACAAUGUCAUUUCAGUCUAGAAAUUUUCACGAUUCGUGCUUUAAACUGGCAAAUUUACCUUAAUUAUCUAGUAGAAUCAAUUUGAUAUUCGCUAUAUUUACUCAUUUUCAGAUUUAAAAAGAUUAAAAUUAGAUGAAAAAUGAUUUUUAAACUAGAUUUAUAACCUCACAAUUUGAUCAAAACUUUUCUAAGCAUUUUCCAACCUGAAUUAGAUUGUGAUAAGUUAGUAUUGAAUCGAAAAAGCGAUGGAAAAUGCCUCUCAAGACGUUCAGAAGUGUCUUCAGAGGAAAUGCGGAAGUGUCAGGAAGUUGUGUACAGAUUUAGGGCACAUUAUCUCCCCCUUGGCAUAUAUUCAACGACCAUGUCAUUAUAAUAUAUCGUUUCAGUGUUCAUUUUGAUAUUUUUCGACUUUAUUUUCGAGUUCAAUAAAACAAACCAAUAAUU